CUCUGUCUGUGUUUCUCUAUUUGAUGGUCUGGGUAUGCCCUCCAGGCGGAUGCCCAGAGCAGGAAGCAGCAGGAGCAGAUGGAGCUUUUACAGAAAGACAUGGGGGCUGUUGCCAUGGAGACGACCCCACGAACAGACGAAGCUAAUGUGGCGGGCUGCAGUGACCUCAUCUUCAACCAUGGGAACCCUGAUGAGGAAGAGGAGGGGGAGGACAGCGACACAGAUGACAUCGAUCACGACGUGACUGAGGAGAGCAAGGAGAGCACAGCCUUUAGGAACUUCCUGAAAGAGAGAAAGGAAGUGGUGCAGGUACGAAACAGGAAGUCUCAGUGCCGACCGCAGGACCCUGACCUCUCAUUUUGUUAAAAAGGUGGGGUGGUGACUGAUGGAAUAAUGUGCUUGUAUCCUUUUUUAUUUUCCCUUUUACAGAUGUAGGAUCUUAAUUUGAUCACCCUGUUGCAGGAUAAUUGAAAUAAUUGUAGUGUGUUUGUUUUAAAAAGCCU